CGACCAUCAACGUGCGGGAGCCUGGAGCGUUUUCCUAUAUUUACGACAUGCGAUCCACCCCGAUGAAGACACCAGUCACUGGCUUCAACUAUCGGGUGAUCGUCGUUCGCCAUGGGGUCUCGGCUGGAAGCCAACUCCAACGCUGUCCGGAAGCGUAUCGCGAACCAUACAUUCGAAGAUGAAGAAGGUGACGAGUAUGAAGGCUCCGCUUUUGGCGGCUUCUCAGAUUACUUCAGACGCAAGAAGAUCAAAUUACAGAAUCUGGAUGCUGAAAUACGCGCCCAAUCCACCCAAGUACCUCCAAUAUUCAGGGGAGUGGUCGCCCAUGUAAAUGGUUACACGCAACCGUCGCUAAAUGACCUGCAUACGAUGAUCGUACAGCAUGGCGGCGGAUUCAUGCAGUAUCUUGAUGGGAAAACCACCGUGACGCACAUAAUUGCUAGUAGUCUCACGCCAAAGAAAGCCGUAGAAUUUAAGAGAUAUCGAAUCGUAAAACCUGCUUGGGUCGUCGACAGUAUCCAAGCUGGGAAACUUCUUCCGUGGAACGACUAUCGAGUGGUCGACGAGGGGGAGAACCAAAAACUGCUCGCUUUCGAUAGCGGGGUGGUUACAAGCAGAACGAAUUUCAAGUCUCGCGGAUACAGGGACCAGACAGAGAACAGUUGGUAUACAAGCCAACUACGAGGCAGCCAGGCCGGCUCAUCUUCCAAAAAUAAUGCUUCGAAUUCGCCUUUCCCGCAGCAGUUAACCUCCGCUCCGGAGGACGACAUCGAAGAAUUGCCAGACCAUAUCGAUCGUGCCUCUAGCAAUCAGCGACUCACACGGACGAAUAUCGAUGUCCAACCGCCUGCGGAUCUAGAAACACAUUCAAAGAUCCAUCAUUCACGUGAUCCUACCAAAGCUUUUGCACAACAACCUUUGGUCAACGAUAUGGAGGGUGAAACCUCGCAUGCGAUCAACUACCAAAGUGAAGACAUCCAAGAAGUUUCAAACCCUGACGCGACUGCGACGCGAGCAGCAUCCCCUCAACAUGACGAGCGCGUCAUGGAUUGGAUUGAUCGGGCUAAGGACCAAGACCCGGCCACGAAGAAAAUUCUCACCGCGGAAGAGCACAAUGCCAUCUUGCUGAGAGAUCCAAAAAUACGUAAAUCCACAGUUGUUGAUCCGAACUUCUUGGAACAGUACUACCGAGAAUCACGAUUGCACCACCUAUCGACCUGGAAGGCUGAUCUGAAAUCACAGCUCCAGGCUCUUGCCAAUCAGAAGACUUCAUCUCAAAAAUUGCAACAGAAGAGAGCACCGGGCACAAGGCGAUACGUUCUUCACGUGGACUUCGACAGCUUCUUUGCUGCCGUCAGUCUAAAGAAACAUCCGCAUCUAAAAGACAAACCCGCUGUUGUUGCGCACGGUAAUGGAAGUGGCUCUGAAAUCGCGAGCUGUAACUAUCCUGCACGAACAUUUGGUGUUAAGAAUGGCAUGUGGAUGAAGAAAGCCCUGGAAUUGUGCCCUGACCUGAACAUCUUGCCGUACGACUUCCCCGCUUACGAAGAGGCGAGCCGCGCGUUCUACGAUGUCAUCCUAGCGACUGAUGGUGUGGUGCAGAGCGUGAGUAUCGAUGAAGCACUCAUCGAUAUUUCAGCCACUUGUAUUGCUGCUGCUGGUAGUGAUGGAAAGAAUCUCUCUGAAGGGAGCAUCUAUCGCGAACAAGCCAAGGCUGACGAGUUAGCACAAACGCUACGAGACAAUGUCAAAGUAAGAACGGACUGCAACGUCUCUGUUGGUAUCGGUGGCAACAUUCUCCUCGCCAAAGUCGCUUUGCGAAAAGCAAAACCGGCAGGGCAGCACCAAAUCAAGCCGGAAGAGGUUUUGGACUUUAUUGGAGUUCUUCAGGUACAGGAUCUCCCUGGUGUUGCUUGGUCUAUUGGAGGCAAGCUCGAGGAGAUUGGUAUCAAAUUCGUCAAGGACAUACGAGACGUUUCUAAGGAAAGGCUUGUUCAGACUUUGGGUCCGAAAACUGGGGAAAAGCUUUGGGAAUACUCGCGUGGCAUCGAUAAAGCCGAAGUUGGUGAGCAAGUGACACGCAAAUCAGUCUCUGCCGAGGUCAACUGGGGUGUGCGUUUCGAAAAUCAGGAACAGGCAGACGAGUUCAUUGCCAAUCUUUGCGGAGAAUUGCAGAAGCGAUUGCUCAAGGAGAAAGUAAAGGGAAAGCAAUUCACGAUGAAGGUUAUGCGGCGCUCGCCAACGGCCCCUUUAGAUCCGCCCAAACACCUUGGUCACGGGAAAUGCGAUACAUUCAACAAAAGCCUCGUGCUUGGCGUAGCUACGAAUGCGAAAGAAGUAUUGACCAAAGAAGCACUCAGCAUACUCAAAGGCUUCGGAUUCUCUCCUGGUGAGCUUCGAGGUAUCGGCGUGCAAAUGACGAAGCUUGAGCCGAUGCGCAGCGCUACCGACGGAUCUCUAGAAGGAUCUCAACGCCGACUUCAAUUCAAGGGAACCACUGCUGAGCCAGUGAACACACGAAAAGGGGUUGCUUUUGUGGAUGUAGAUCCCAUCCAAGAUGAUCCUGAGACGCCAAAGAAACCAAAGGUCGCGGAAUCGGAGCAUGUCAGUUUCGGUGCAUCUCAGCUCAAUCAAUCGACACCUUCCCGUCGACCUCUGAAUACAGCAGGCACGCAAUUCCUCAUACCAACACAAGUAGACCCACAGGUUCUAGCAGAACUUCCUGAAGACAUCCGCUCAAAGUUGAUGCGACAAGCACGACAAACAUCACCAACGCCCGGUGCACGUCAUACAUCGAAGACUGGAACAAAGGUAGACCAGACGUUGGCUCCUGCUGUACCGAUGCCAUUGACUGCCCUUCCACCUCAGUCCCAACUCGACCCUGAGAUUCUUGCAGCACUUCCUCCGGAUGUCAGGGCUGAAGUGAUUGCGCAAUACGCUGCUGGAGCUACUCCAGGCUCUCCAUCGCGAGCUGGUCAGCGUAAACAAGGAGAUCAGACCUUGCUGCCGCAGUCGCCCAGAAAGAAUAGAUUCAUAGGUAUUGCACAAAAGAAACCAGUAGUACCCGUUAAGCGAGGACGCGGCCGGCCUCCAAAAUCUGCUCAGCUCGCUGCGGCGGCCACCAGCGUUGCUAAAGAUAAGAACGGGAAGACAUUGACGCAAGCAAGCUUUUUGACACGCAAGAAUCCAGCAAAGGUCAGGGUCGCGGAGGAAUCAGAUUCGGCUCGAGACUCUGUAGAGCCCGAAGAUGCUGUGGCUACAGUCGAAGGGCUAGAUCCGGAAUUUCUUGCCGGCCUGCCCGAGGAUCUAAGAAAGGAGGUGCUUGAAGACGAGCGAAGGAGGAAGCUGCAGAACUCAAGGCUCGUGGUACACCGUAUGCCGAAACCACGACCCAACACUCGAUCCUCCCACACACCGGAGCCGCGACCUCGAGACGUUCUUAUCAUACCACGACCACCAAUGCCGACGUUCACCGCACGCAAUCUCUUUAAACCUAAUGAUUUACGUGGUGCGCUCAAAGACUGGAUCACAGAGUUUGCAGACGAAGGGCCAUACAGCGAGGAUGUCGACACAUUCAUAUUGUAUCUCGAAAAAGUGGUUAUCGAAGAGCGAGACAUGGCCAAGGCCCUGGGGAUAAUCAAAUGGAUGGAGUGGAUAGUUGGCGAGCUCGAAGAUGGCGCUACGGUGAAGUCAACGAGUACUCUAGAAUGGGAACGAACGGUGGGACAAGUUAAAGAUGCCAUGAAUGGAGCGGCGCACAAAAGAGGGCUUGGGGAUGUGAGUUUCGAGUAACGCGCCUCAUACGAAUUCUCUUUUACAUCUAUAUAUACCCAUGCAUUUCGGUUUUUACGAAGACUUCCAACGACGAUAUCAUAUACAAUCUAAGUUAGUCAACAAAGCUG